AUGGUCCACGCCGGGCCGGCCGCGCGCGCGCCCUCUCGCGCGAUGUUCGCCGCCGCUGAGAGCAAACCGCGUCGCGCCGUCUCGCCGCUCGGAAUUCCAAAGUCUCCGUCGUUCCACUCGGGCUUGGAUCUCGUCGCCAACCAAGCGGCCACCAAGCGCUCCGAGAGCGUGUCGGACGUCGCGCGGGCUUUCCGGUUCGCGCUCUUCGCCGGCUCCGGCAUGGAGGGCCAGGGCCCGCAGCAGAAGGCGCCCUCGCCGCCUGACGCGCGCAGCCCGCCGCCCCCCGCCGCGGCCGCUGUCUCGCCCGAGCGCCCCACGCCGAUACCAAAUGCCGAUAAGGAAAGUUUGAUGGUGCAGCUCCCCCCGCUGAAAGAUGCACCAGCGGCGGAGCGCGAACAGCUGUUCGUUCAGAAGUUGCAGCAAUGCUGCCUUCUUUUCGACUUCGCAGACGAGCCCCUCUCCGACCUCAAAUGGAAGGAGGUCAAAAGGGCAGCACUCCUGGAAAUGGUUGAAUACGUGACGUCGCAAAGAGGCGUUAUUACUGAACCUAUAUACCCUGAGGCGGUUAAUAUGUUCGCGAUAAACUUAUUCCGGACACUACCGCCGUCGUCGAACCCCAAUGGUGCGGAGUUCGAUCCUGAAGAAGACGAGCCGACGUUAGAAGCGGCCUGGCCUCACCUACAACUAGUCUACGAACUGUUCCUAAGGCUACUAGAGUCGCCCGACUUCCAGCCCAACAUCGCCAAGAAGUAUAUCGACCAGAAGUUUGUUUUACAAUUACUAGAACUAUUUGACUCUGAGGAUCCAAGAGAGCGAGACUUCUUAAAGACAACUCUACACAGGAUAUACGGCAAGUUCUUAGUUCUACGGGCGUAUAUACGGAAACAAAUCAAUAAUGUGUUCUAUAGGUUUAUCUACGAGACAGAGCAUCACAACGGUAUCGCGGAGUUACUGGAGAUCCUCGGCUCCAUCAUCAACGGGUUCGCGUUGCCGCUCAAAGAGGAACACAAACUAUUCUUAUUGAGGGUGUUAUUACCGCUGCACAAGGCGAAGUCCCUGUCAGUGUAUCAUCCACAGCUCGCCUACUGCGUCGUGCAGUUCCUGGAGAAGGAUCCGUCGCUCACACAGCCUGUAGUUAGGGCACUACUAAAAUAUUGGCCGAAGACGCACUCGCCGAAGGAGGUGAUGUUCCUGAAUGAAAUGGAGGAGAUCUUGGACGUGAUAGAGCCGGGCGAGUUCCAGAAGAUCAUGGACCCGCUGUUCAAGCAGCUCGCUAAAUGCGUCUCCAGUCCACACUUUCAGGUAGCAGAGCGCGCCCUCUACUACUGGAACAACGAGUACAUAAUGUCCCUUAUAUCGGACAACGCGACGCACAUACUGCCGAUAAUGUUCCCGUCACUAUAUCGCAACACCAAGAGCCACUGGAACAAGACUAUACACGGCCUCGUCUACAACGCGCUCAAGCUAUUCAUGGAGAUGAACCAGAAACUCUUCGAUGAAUGCACGCAGCAGUACAAGCAGGAGAAACAAAAAGAGCGGGAGCGGCUGCAGCAGCGCGAGGAAGUAUGGCAGGCGCUGGAGGCGCGCGCGGCCGCCGCCCCCGCCGCGCCGCGCGGCCCCGCGCCGCCCGCCGACAGGGACGACCUCGCCACGCUCACGUACCAACGGAUCGAACAGGAGGCGCAAGAGCUCAGAAAACAAGGCUACAAUGCUAGCAAACCCCUUCUACGCAAGAAGUCAGAGCUUCCGGCGGACUCUACGACAGUGAAAGCGUUGAUUGAGCACAAGCGAGCCGACCCGUACCUGUCCACUCCGCCGGACGUCAACCAAUGCUAG